AUGAGCUCUUCCGGGGCCCAGGCCAGACCCGUCCUGGUCUUUUACCACAUCCCCGGUGAUGGCGACGAGGCGGAGAUGCCCAAUGCCUUCCCGGUGCUUUUGCCGGAGGGCAAGAUCAUGUUGAAGGAUGUGCGCAGCAAAUUCCCCCUGCCUGGGACGUACCACUUCCGCUUCAAGAUGCGCUGGGGCCCGGAGCCGCUGCAAGUGGCCUGGAUGGACGUGACCAACGAGAGCGCGGCGGUGCCCUACUUCGACGGCAAGGUGGUCGCCAAGGUGGUGCGAGUUAGCUGGGAUGCGCAGGCAGCCCCGAGCGCCAAUGGAACUGCCAAGGCGCCGGCUGCUGCCAAGGCAGCUGAUGUGCUUUCCUUCGACAGCCCAGCUGUGACACCCGCGGCGCCUCCCGCCCAGGCUCCCAAAGACGACUUCGACAUGCUCUUCAGCUGA